CCUUCUACUCAACAAAUCCAAACAACAUCCACCACAAACCCUUACUGGCUCACCCCUCUUCCCCAACCGUUUUCCUCAACAAUUUCCCCUUCUUAUUCCCAUCUCUCAAUCCCAUGAUCUCUCCCUCUUGUGCUCAGCGCAACCCCAUUCCACUCUCUCAGUCUCCUUCCAAAACCAACCCUUUUGGUCAGCCACUUUUCUUGUUAUCUUUUUUACAGUUUCAUUGAUCAUGGAUCCGGCAGAGCUGUGCCGGGUUUUCCAGAUGUUCGACCGCAACGGAGACGGGCGAAUAACGAAGAAGGAGCUCAGCGACUCCUUACGGAACCUGGGCAUCUACAUCCCGGACAAAGACCUUGUCCAGAUGAUAGAGAAGAUCGACGUGAACCGGGACGGGUACGUGGACAUGGAGGAGUUCGGGGCGCUGUACCAGACGAUAAUGGACGAGAGGGACGAGGAGGAGGACAUGAGAGAAGCCUUCAACGUGUUUGAUCAGAAUGGGGAUGGGUUCAUCACGGUGGAGGAGCUGAGAUCGGUGUUGUCGUCGUUGGGGUUGAAGCAAGGGAGGACGAUAGAGGACUGCAAGAAGAUGAUACAGAAGGUGGAUGUUGAUGGAGAUGGAAGAGUGAACUACAAGGAGUUCAAGCAGAUGAUGAAGGGUGGUGGCUUUGCUGCCUUGAGUAGUUCAGGUUCAUAGUUACGUUGCAUGUAUCAUUUCAUUUUUAUUUGAUUUUGGGAAUUAAUAGGAGCUCCCUUGUAUGAUUUUACACUAGCUUUUAUUCCUGCUUUUACUUUUAAUAUGAAAACAAGUCCUCA